AUGCCGGCCCAUCUUCACGCUCACCCACAUGGGGGUACCCCUCUGGCUGCUAAUCAUGAAGCUGAGAGUCCCUCUGAUACAGUAUCCUCUCCUCGGGUGUACUUGUCUCACGACGAUGAAGAUGCUAUCGCGGAGAUCCGUCGGACCUUGACUGAGAUUAGCCAUCAUAACCCCCAACAAGGUUAUCCUGAGCCGCAUUCUUCCUUUGACAAGUUUUUAGAAGCAGAGUUGCAAGCCGGCCGGAAAAAGUCGAACCUCGGAGUUUGCUUUCAAUCGCUAUCAACUUGGGGGGAUGGGGAAGAGCACACCGAUGUCAAAACCUUGGGAACGGCACUGUGGCGCACAUUGACAUUCCAAGAUGUCUAUGAGUGGACUAUUCAGCCCUGGCUUUCUAGGAAGGAACCACAGAGCGGACGUCCGUUGAUUCGCGAUUUCUCAGGCGCCGUUCGAAGUGGUGAGAUCAUGCUGGUGCUGGGACGACCGGGAGCUGGUUGCUCGACAUUUCUUCGAACAAUUGCCGGCCAUCACUCUUCGUUCCUCGGAGUAACAGGGUCUUUGGACUACUCUGGUCUCAGCCUAGAAGAGGUUAAAAAGCACUAUCGUGGCCAAGUGGCCUAUGUCCCAGAAGACGAUGUACAUUUCCCUACACUUACAGUGCAGCAGACGCUGGAGUUUGCACUCCAGAGUAAGACACCCCAGAGAUACCAAGACCGGAUUUCUCGUUACCUUGAAAUCUAUGGCCGCGUGUUCGGUAUGUCCCACACGAUGAAUACACUGGUCGGUAACGAAUACAUUCGGGGUGUUUCUGGUGGAGAACGCAAGCGUAUCUCAAUCAUUGAGUCCCUCGCAACGGAUUCUUCUGUUUCAUGUUGGGAUAAUUCCACCAGGGGACUUGACGCUUCAUCCGCUUUGGACUAUGCUCGUAGUCUCCGAAUCAUGACUGAUACAUGCGGUAAGGCUACGCUAAUGACACUGUAUCAAGCAUCAGACGCCAUUUACGACCUGGUUGAUAAGGUUCUUUUGAUUGACGAAGGGCGCAUGCUCUACCAAGGCCCAGCUCGGGAAGCAAAGCGUUACUUUGAAGACUUAGGUUACGCGUGUGCUGAGAUGCAGACAAUCUCGGACUUCUUAACGAGCAUAACAGUGCCUGAGAGACGCAGGUUCCGACCGGGUUGGGAGACCCGAGCCCCUAAGGGACCCAUUGAGCUGGAGGAAACAUUCCGCAAAAGCCCAGCCUAUCAGAAGGUCCAGUAUGAUGUACAGCGCUAUGAGGACCAACGCCUUGGCGGAAAAAGUGUUCGGUGCUCGCAGACUGAUUCGGACGAUGGAAGUCUGGAAGACUUUAAGAAGGCUAUACAGACAGACAAGUCCCGUUUUGUCUCUCCUAAAUCCCCGUAUACGAUCUCCGUGUUCCGACAGGUUGUGCUUUGUGCAAAGCGACAACUGUGGCAAAUCCGGGGACAUAUGUCUCCUUUAUAUAUCAAGAUCAUAUCGUCUGUUGUCUAUGGGUUGCUGGUUGGUUCCAUGUUCUAUAGCCAGCCGCAGACUACUGCAGGGAUGUACUCUCGGGGAGGAGUCAUUUUCUACUCCUCCAUCCUGCUCGCGUGGCUCCAGAUGUCCGAAUUGGAAGAAGCAAUGCAAGGGCGGGAUAUUCUCAGCCGUCAAAAGAAGUUUGCGUUUGUUCGACCCAGUGCUUAUACUACUCCAGCUCUUUACACUUACGAGGCAAUGAUGGCAGCGGAAUUUCACAAUUCCAACUUCACUUGCGCACCAGAAUCUGUUGUCCCUUCGGGUGCCAACUAUACCGAUAUUGCAUAUCAGACUUGCGGCUAUCCGGGAAGUCAGAUCGGAACGACUAUCGUGAACGGCGACGACUAUUUAGCAGCCCAAUACGGCUUUUCUUUUGGUCAUGUCUGGCGCAAUUUUGGAAUAUUGUGUCUCUUCACCGUGGUCUACAUCAUCUGUACUUGCUGGUUAAGUGAAAUCAUGGAAUGGGAGCCGGACAGUGCGGGCCCCAUACAGUAUAAGAAGUCGCGGAGAAAUUCAAGACGAACCCACAGGGGAGGAUUGGAUGAAGAAAGCAACCCUGUCCACCGCGAUGUAACCCUCCCUGCUGCAGCAAACAGUUUUGAAAAGUCCGGCCAAGCCAUCACCGGAACAAUGUCUACAUUUACUUGGGAUAAUUUGGAGCUGUUUGUCCAAGUUGGGAAGGAGACACGAAAGCUGCUGAAUGGAGUGAGUGGCUACUGCAAGCCCGGAACCCUGACAGCUCUGGUUGGUGCCUCUGGAGCGGGAAAAUCAACGCUAUUGACUGCCCUGACUCGGCGACCAAAUUCUGGGAAAUUGACGGGCACAAUGUACGUCGACGGACAGGCUGUUGAUGAGUCAUUUAACCGUCAGAUCGGGUACUGCCAGCAAAUGGAUAUUCACGAUGAGAGUAGCACUGUUCGCGAGGCGCUUGAAUUUUCAGCGCUGCUGCGCCAGAACCCGGAGGUGCCUGAUACAGACAAACUCUCGUACGUAAACACAGUCAUUGAGACACUUGACUUGAUCGAGUUGCAGAAUGCCCUCAUCGGCUCUUUAGAUAUCGAAAAGAAGAAACGGGUCACUAUUGGAGUGGAGCUUUGUGCGAGGCCUGAGUUGCUACUCUUCCUGGAUGAGCCGACCAGUGGACUUGAUAGCCAGGGUGCUUCUAGCAUUGUUGCUUUGCUGAGACGGUUGGCAGACCAGGGACUGGCUAUUCUUUGUACCAUUCACCAGGCAAAUCAACAGCAAUUCGAGGAGUUUGAUCGAGUCUUGGCCCUCAGUCCUGGUGGAAGUACCUAUUACUUUGGGGAAGUAGGGGAGUCCGGCUGUUCGAUCUUUGAAUAUUUCUCGAAGAAUGGGUACAAGCCAGAGAAUGUGACCAACGCAGCAGACUACUUGAUCGAAGUUGUCGUUGGGGGCAUGAAAGACACCGCGCACCAAGUCAACUGGGCUGACGUAUGGAACCGAUCCGCGGAAGCCGAUAUGGUCAAGAAAGACAUAUGCGACAUCCGGAGUAAAGGAGUUAAGGCUGGUGUCUCUCGAGAUGCAAAGGAACUCUCCAAGCCGCCACUUCACCGCCAGGUGGGCCUCUUAACCAAACGUACUUUGCGGCAGUUCUGGCGAAGCCCGGAAUAUCCCUACUCCCGGCUCUAUGCGUCGUUCCUCCACGCUCUGAUUAACGGUCUCACUUAUCUGCAGAUUGGGAACAGCUCAACCGAUCUGCAAUCUAAGGCCUUCUCAUGCUUCUUGGUUCUGAUGUUGGUACCUGAGUUCAUCAACGCCAUAUCUAUGCGGUUUAUCAUGAAUCGCGAUAUAUGGAAGGCACGCGAAGGUCCUAGCGGUGUCUAUGGAUGGGUUGCAUUUUGUACAGCGCAAAUCGUAUCUGAGAUUCCGUACGCCGUUAUCAGCGCUGUGAUAUUCUAUGUACUCUAUUAUUUCAUUGUCGGACUCCCCCUGGGCUUUGCAGCCGGAUAUAGUUUCUUGAUGUUCUUCUUGUUCUUCCUGUUUGCCACGUCUUGGGGCCAAUGGAUUGCAGCGCUGAGCGCUGACUCUAUGGUGGCUGCGACCCUCAUGCCAUUCUUCAUCAUCAUGUGCGAGCUGUUCAACGGUAUCCUUCAACCCCACGAGAACAUGCCCGUGUUCUGGAAGUACACCAUGUACUAUGCCACACCCUUCACUUAUUGGAUUGGAGGUGUCCUAACGGCUGUCCUACGUGGUAUGCCCGUCCUCUGCGACAGCAGCGAAUUAACAAUUUUUGAAACCCCGCCAAACAUGACUUGUGGAGAGUAUGCAGGCCCGUGGCUUGCAGAGCACGGCGUAGGCUACCUUUCCAACCCAGAUGACACAAGCAAAUGCGGAUAUUGCAAGUAUAGCCAUGGAGAUGAUUAUCUGUCUAAUAUUGGCUUGGACUCGUCGAAGAUUUGGCCGUACUUCGGCAUUUUCUUGGCAUUCGUGAUCUCGAACUAUUUGAUGACGCCCACCGCCAAUAUGUACGAAGAUCGCGAAUCAGGAAAUCAUAACGAACAAACGUCAACAUCACCGGACUCGAUUUUAGUACCCCGACGGCGCCGACCGGCUCUUUCUUGUACCGUUUGCAGACGCCGCAAGCUCAAAUGCGAUCGAGCCUUACCGUGCUCGCAGUGCGUCAAGUCGAAGACCCCCGACCUCUGCGUUUACUCCGGACCCGCGUCGGGCCAGCCGUUGGAGACUCGACCGAUUCGCACCGUUUCCGACCGGGCCAAUAUGCCCAGUAAUCACACCAGUCCAGCCCAUAGUGGGCUCUACGUCUUUGACUCGCGGCACCAGUCUACAAACCGAAUCACCAAGCCCAAAGGGCGCCCUGAGGAAGUGCAAGAACUCCGACAUCGCGUGCAGGUGUUGGAAAGUGCAUUGUCCAGAGCCGGGUCGAUCCAAACGCCGGACAGUUCGGCGUGCGAAUCUGUGUCAGACUACGCGCCCCGGAUAACUUCGGAUUCUUUACUUCUCAGUGAGGACGUCAAGUAUCUACCAGGGCGAGCAUGUUUUAGGGGGAAAAAUGGGAAGACCAGAUAUUGUGGACGUUGUCAUUCGGCACUAUCUUUUUCAUUUUUCAAAGAUGUGGCCUCCUACUUUCAAGACCGACGCUUGCAGAAGAAGUCGAAAAGCCCGGAAUAUCUCAAAUUGAAAAAGUUCAGGGGCGAAAUGCUAUCCCGAGAGAAGCAAGAUCAUCAGAGGGCAUACCGUGAGAAGGCUUUCACGCUGGAAGAGAUGCUCCCGCAUCGGAGAGUCGCCGAUGAGCUAGUCAACUUGUAUUUGUCCACCUUUGAAACGACAUAUCGAAUCUUGCACGUUCCGACAUUUCUCAAGCAAUAUGAGACAUACUGGGCUGGUACCGAAACUACCGAUAUGGCCUUUAUUGCCAAACUUCUGGCGGUGAUGGCUGCCAGCAGCUGCUUCUUUAGUCCAACAACGAGGCUCAAUGAGAAAGACACUUUGCAUAGUGCGGCAGGAGGGUGGAUUAUGGCAGUUCAAUCUUGGAUCUCGUCCAUUAACGUUAGCUCAACGAUUGACUUCAACAUGCUGCAGAUCCAGUGUAUCUUGAUCCUCGCACGCCAGGCUGACGCCACAGAUGGGGAUGUUGUUUGGAUCUCAUCAGGCUCUUUGAUCCGCUCGGCCAUGAUGAUAGGGUUGCACCGAAACCCCGCGCGCUUUCCAAAGAUGACUAGGUUUUGGGCUGAGAUGCGUCGCCGUCUGUGGGCUACCAUCUUGGAGCUGGAUCUACAGUCAGCCUUGGACGGAGGUAUGCCUCCUUCAAUCGACUUAGACGAAUAUGAUUGUGACCCACCAUCAAACUAUGAAGAUGAAGACUUGACGGAAGAUCUGACAGAGGACGUUAUCCCGAAGGAUGCAGCGAUGAUAACACGCAGCAGUUUCCAGGUUCUGCUGUCGCGGUCGUUGCCGUUGCGUGUUCGAGUAGCAAAGUUAGUCAAUAGUUUGAAAUUCGCUUUGUCUUAUGACGAGGCAUUGCGCCUGAGCGAACAACUGGUUCAGUACCGGGAUAAUGUCUUGGCGCUGUUCCCUGAUAACGCGUCCACAUCCAUUUCCACUGAGAGCCUGCAGUUCACGAGGUCGUUCUUAGUGUUCAUCAUGGUCCGGUUUUUACUUGUUCUUCACCGUCCAUUCUCUCUCAGUGUGCAAUUGUCGCCCAAAUUUUCCUAUUCACGAAAGAUUUGUCUCGAGUCAUCUCUGGAAAUGCUUUCUCAGUUAGAUGCUCCCGCUGUUAGCCUCCCAGAGGCACAAGCAUGUCCACAUCUAGGACAGCUCAGUGGCGGGAUGUUUCGCGACGAAUUUUUCCACGCUGCGAUCACCGUCUGUGUGGAGGUUUCCCUCCAAGCCAGCGAAUUCUCGUCAUCGAAACAGCCUCCUGGCCAGCUUAGCUCACUAAGUUCGCUGAAUGACUUGGUACGGUCCCAGCAGGAUGUCUUAGUCCGUGCCGUAGAGCAUACGCUGGACACCUUUGGCAGCCGAAUUUCGCCAAGGGGGAAAGGGUGCAAGGCAUUUAUUUUCCUUGCAAUGGCUCUCGCAUCCGUCAAAGCGCGCCUGAAUGGAGAGGAUGCCUUCAGAAAGGUCGAACAGGUUGCUGCAAAAUCCAUAAAGGACUGUGAACGGCUGAUUCGGGGGAAAGCAUGGAUCGAUAUCCGAAGAGAAGAAGGUCCCGUUGUGAUACCCCUCCGAAACCAAACUCCAAACUUUGAUAGAAGAGAACUUGUAUAUGCUCAGCAUGUCGUGAGUGUGGAAUGCUCUGAAUUAAUAUAUGUCACUCUGCAAGUUCGCUGCAAUGUUAACACCAACAGGACCGUCCUGACCACUCUUGGUCUUCGGGCUGCUCCCGGGGAACAGGCCUCCAACCAUGCCGUGGCCUAUCUGCUGGUCAACUGGCUCAUCUCAUUUGGCGUAUUUAGCACGCGGCGGGAGAAGUUGAAGCUCGGUAUCGAUCACAACCAGGCCCCUCGUGAAGACCUUGCCACAUUUGGAGAGGCAGCUGUGCAAUCAGGCAAGAUCACACGGCAAACCUUGAAUCGACUCAAGCGGCAGGAAGCCAUUAUGGCCAAUUCAGCGGAGCAUUACCCGUUAUUCGUAGCUGCAAUCCUUGUCGCUCUUCACGCGGGUGUGUCCAAUGAUAUUAUUAACCGCAUUGGACUAUGGUAUACGGUGUCGCGGCUGGCGUUCGGGCUCUGCUAUAAGCACAUUGAGUCUCUCAAACUGAGCUUUGUUCGUUCGUUCUUUUGGUGGUCGGGCAAUAUUUGCUGCUUCACCGGUUUUUGGUUUGCCUCGAAGAAACUGUGA